AUGGCUUCACUAUUUCUCUUUUCCAUUCCUCUCCUUUUGGUGUUGUUAGUUCCAAUGAUAAGUGCAGACCCAGAUGCAUUGCAGGAUUACUGCGUGGCGGAUACCGAUUCCUCUGCAAUCUUCAUAAAUGGGUUGCCUUGUCUGAGUCCAAGCCAGACAUCUGUAAAGCACUUUACUACCUCGGCUCUGGGCAAGCCAGCCAAUUCAUCAGGAAACCCACUCGGGUUUGGAGUGAUAUCUACGACUCCACAGAUUUUGCCGGGCAUUAAUACGCUGGGAAUUUCAAUCACUCGUGGAGAUAUUGAUGUGGGUGGAGUGGUGCCUCCUCAUACACACCCGAGAGCCACUGAAAUUAUCUACAUUAUGCAUGGAAAAUUGGUGGUGGGGUUCGUGGAUAGUUCCAACAAGUUGUUCUCUCAGACUGUGAAUACUGGCGAUGUGUUUUUGUUUCCCAAGGGGACUCUUCAUUUCCUUUAUAACGUGGGUGUCAGUCGUGCGAGUUUGAUAGCUGCAUUUAACAGUCAAAAUGGAGGGGUUGCUGUUACUCCAUUUGUUACGUUUGCUGCGAAUCCAGGCAUUCCCCCUCAAGUUCUGAGCAAGGCGUUCCAGAUUAGCUUGCAAGAGGUGAAUAAAAUCAGAAAGGGUCUGGGUGGGAAUUAAGAUA